UUGCAUAUCGGGCAAGGAUGCAUCGACUUUUUGCUGAGCUGGAGCCAUCUGUACGUCACUGAGCAAAACCUGGUGGACCGAGUUCGGUAUAUCUUGCGCUCAAAUAUAUUUGAUGACGCCGAACUCGAACGGUUACGACGUGAGGCUGUUCCCUCAUCGAAUGAAAAUGCAACGGCUGAGGAUGCAGUGCCACAAGUUGCAGAACAACCCGCACACGUGUAUACCUCCGUGAAUAACCCAGUGGUGGCUGAUAGAAAUGAUGAUGGAACAUUCGCCCAGGAACUAGAAAUACAGCAAAUGAGGAGUACAUUGGAAGAGGCGAUUAUGGAAACGCGCAGUAAGCCUCUUGAAAAUCGUCCGCGUAGCCCUAAGCAAGCGGAAUCGGGCUGUCGUGAGGGCUCUGAACCCAAUAAUGGUGACCUAUUAGGAAGCCAGCCGGGACCUUUACGAUACGGACUCAAUUCUUUUUGGCGCCGCGCUGGCAGUCUGCCGUAUCAUAGAUGCCAAGUUUUCUACGGCUGGACGUGCUACUGGCCAAAGUAG